UAUGUGAAACAUUGCAAUCAGGCGGAAGGAGAGGCAGCCCUGGGAAGCCAGUGAGGCUGCUGCUUGUUGUGACGGGAGAAGCCGUACUAGGAAGAGGGUGACAGGGGCCGAUCUCCCCCAUUGCCGCCACCAUGCCGCUCUUCAGCGCCAACCCCUUCGAGCAGGAUGUGGAAAAAGCAACAAAUGAAUACAAUACUGCAGAAGACUGGGGUCUCAUUAUGGAUAUCUGUGAUAAAAUUGUUAACACACCUAAUGGAUCUAAAGAAGGUCUUAAAGCUAUAAUGAAAAGAGUGAAUCACAAAGUCCCCCACGUAGCUCUACAAGCACUGACGCUAUUAGGAGCCUGCGUAUCCAACUGCGGAAAAGCCUUUAAUUUAGAAAUCUGUUCCAGAGACUUCGCAAGUGAAGUGCGAGGAGUUAUAAAUAAGGCACACCCCAAAGUAGCUGAGAAACUAAAAGCUUUGAUGGUGGAAUGGGCAGAAGAAUUCCAGAAAGAUCCCCAGUUCAGCCUGAUAUCGGCCACCAUUAAAUCUCUGAAGGAAGAAGGAGUGACUUUCCCAACAGCUGGCACUCAGAGCACGUCAAAUACACCUAAGAUCGGGACAGUACCCAGCAAAAAUAAAGAGGAUGAAGAUAUUGCUAAGGCGAUCGAGUUAUCUUUACAAGAGCACAAGCCAACAGAAACCAAAUCUUUAUACCCAUCUGUGGAGGUGCCACAUGACAGCCAGCGCAUGCCCAGAAAAGUGCGGGCUCUUUAUGAUUUUGAAGCUGUGGAAGACAAUGAACUGACCUUUAAAAGCGGAGAAAUCAUUUUUGUGUUAGAUGAUAGUGACACAAACUGGUGGAAGGGGGAGAACCACAAAGGUGUAGGCUUGUUCCCGUCUAAUUUUGUCUCCUCUACUUUAAAUGCUGAGCCUGAACCAGUUGCUGAGAAUCCUGCUGCUUUUGAUGAACCUCCAGAAACUGAGACAAAGUCAGAACCUGAACCAGUGUACAUAGAUGAAAAUAAAAUGGACCAAACAUUACACUUACUGCAGAACAUCGAUCCAACUGACCCCAAGCCAGAUUCUGUCACUCUUCUUGAUUUGGAAGAUGUCUGCCAACAAAUGGCUCCGAUGAUCGAUGAGAAAUUAGAAGAGAUUGACAGGAAGCACUCUGAACUUUCUGAACUUAAUGUGAAGGUCCUGGAGGCACUGGAACUGUACAACAAAUUAGUGAAUGAUACCCCAUUGUACAAUAUCUACAACAAGCCCCCUCCACAGGCACAUUAUAAUCCACCAGCAAUGGGCGUUUCUCUACAGGGCUAUGCUGGUCAGGCUCAGGGAGCUGGUUAUAUGGUACAUGGUAUGCCCCAAGUACACCAGCCAAACCUCUCUCAAGCUUAUGGCAUGAAUCCUGACCAGGUUGGACCCCUUAGAUCUCUACCACCGAAUAUCAACUCCACUGGCACCACUCAAGCAGCUCAAGCGCCCUACUUGAGCACUGGUCAAGAAGCAAGCUCAAACCCGCAAUACCUACACCAGAACACGGCUCCCAGAGGAGCGACCUACAGUCACCCAAUGGGAAUGUCUGCAGAUAUGGCAGCCUAUCAAAACACUACAUCCGCUUUGCCUCCGGCAUCCGCCUACACAGUGGCUGCCCCUUUACACUCGCUCCCCCAGCAGCCCCCAAAUUACUACCAGCAGCCUCUGCUCUGAGACUCUGAAUCCCUCAUAGACCUCUCUAAGGCUAUCAUUGUGUCAGUCAUAAGCCUCGUAAGUCAUAACUCCAUAAUAACGGUAGACACAAUAGGAAAGGGGUGUUUUUCACGUAAAGCGGACCAUGAACAGCUGCAAGAUUCCAACAAUACAAGCGUGCUCUUUCCCCUUCAUGGACGCAUAUGCCACUUGUUUUUAUUUGCAAUUACAGGAGCUUCCUGCGACCAUUAGGCUGAUUUAGUGCCGCCUUGUAUUGAGUAGCUCCAGCUGCAAAAGGUUGUGUAGAAAUUACCGGGGCAGAGAAUUGCCAACUGGUUCGAUUUAAAGAGAUUUAAAAAUAGCAGAGCUUUUAAGUAGCACUUUAUGCAGCUAGAAGACUUAAAGGGGCGACCAGUAAAUUAUUUUCAUCAUUAAUAUCCCUUCUGUAUAUUCUCCUUUGUCUGUCUGAUUCACCCAGUUACAGUGAGAAAUU